AUGGUCUCCUUCCUUCUCCAUCCAGGGGUGAAGUUCCGCGAGGUCCUGAUUAACGUGCCGCGGCAGCAGGUGGAGGACUUCCAUGGGCCCGAGGACUACUGGUGUCUGUGUGUCGCCUGGAGCCACCUGGGGACGUCCAAGAGCCGAGUGGGGGAGGGGGGAGGGGGGAGGGGGGCUGGUGGUGGUGUGUACCUGAGGAAGAACUUUGAGCAGGACCCCCAGUGCACCGAGGUGCCCCUUAAGGGCAUGAUCGUGCUGCACUGCCGGCCCCCAGAGGGCGUGCCAUUGGCCAAGGUAUCCUGGCUGAAGAACGACGAACCACUGAACAGGGAAGCUAGGGUCAGCGCGAGAGCCGACCACAACCUCAUGGUCUCCGAGGCACCGCUGUCCGACUCGGGCAACUACACCUGCCUGGCGAGCAACAUCGUUGCCAAGCGGCGCAGCGGCAACGCCGCCGUGGUCGUUUAUGUGAACGGCGGCUGUCUCUGGACCGACUGGUCGCUGUGUAACGUGCGCUGUGGGCGGGGCUUGCAGAAGCGCUCGCGCACCUGCACCAACCCGGCGCCGCUCAACGGGGGGGCCUUCUGCGAGGGCAUGUCGGUACAGAAGAGCAACUGCAUCACACUCUGUCCAGUGGACGGCGGCUGGGGCCCGUGCAGCCUGUGGACGGCGUGUGGCGUGGACUGCGGGCGCCAGCGGAGCCGGGACUGCGCCGAGCCCGAGCCGCGGCACGGGGGCCGGCCCUGUGACGGCCCCGGGCUGGGGGCUGACAACUGCACCGGGGGCCUCUGCAUACAGAAUGGAAAUCUGCUUCAUGACAUCAAGCCACAAGAGGUGGAGAGCAGCAGUGACGUGGUGCUGUACUCUGGGCUGAGUGCGGGGGUCCUGACGGUGGUGGUCCUGAUCAUGGUGGUCACUCUGUACUGGAGGAGCCACAGCGAGUACGGCGUGGACGUCAUCGACUCCUCCGCCCUCACCGGCGGCUUCCAGUCCUUCACCUUGAAGACGUCCUGCCAAGGAAACCCCCUGCUGAUCAACUCGUCCAUGCAGCCUGACCUGAGCGUGUCGCGGACCUACACCAGCCCCAUGUGCUUUCAGGACUCCAUGGACAAGGAGCUGAUGGCCGACCACUCCCUGCUGGACCCGCUGCCCGACAUCAUGGUCAAAGAGAGAGGGGAGAGAGCAGAGUACCACGUGAUGUCCCAUCCCAGGACCUUCCCGCGGGGCGUGGCGCCGGACUACCAGGGCGUGGGCGUAGACGCCACGCUGGGCCGCAGGGGGAAGACCCUCUUCAUCCGGCACGGCCUGCCCCGGCCUCCUCCCCCUCCUCUUCCUCCCCCGCUGAAGACCACCAGGGUGCUGGGCCACGCCGGAGGAAGGCUGGUCGUACCCAACACUGGACAGGUCCUCCUGGAUGUGCACCCCCAGGAAGCAGAAGGCUGCGACCCUCUCCACGCAGCCACCGUCGAUGAGCAGGGGCUGGAUCGCAGUCUUCUUCCUCCUGAAGUCGAUGAUGACCUCCCGGGUUUUGAGCUGGUUCAGCAGCAGGCGCCAGAGGAGGAGGACGAGGUCCUGCUGAGCCCGGAGGUGACCUACGGCCCCCCGGGGCUGGACCUGUCCUGCCCCGUGGCUCUGUCGGUGGCGCACUGCGCCGACCUCAGCGGCCCCGCCGACGCCACCUGGGCCGUCCGUCUGAAGAGGACGACCCCGGAGAACAAGUGGGAGGAAGUGAUGUCCAUGGACGAGGAGAGCACCUCCUGCUACGGCCUCCUGGAGGCGGAGCGGUGCCACCUGCUGUUGGGCCGCCCGGGCCGCUACGCCCUGGUGGGCCGGCCCCUGAGCCAGGCAGCCGCCAAGAGGCUGAGGCUGGCCGUGUUCGGGAGCCCCGACCUCAGCAACCCGCUGGGCUACAACCUGAGGGUGUACUGCGUGGACGACACCCCCCACGCCCUGCAGAAGAUGAUCAUCAACAGUUGA